UUUUUAGCAUUCGCUUUAUAGGGAAUAGUGAACAAAUAAGCGAAUUGAGACGCACAUCUAGUGUGUUGUCUGUCUACUCGAGACAUCCACAGGCUUCCCGUGUCUCUCCAAUGCUGCCAAGUAGUCUGCGAACUAAGAUUUGAGACAGAAUCACUCUUGUUCGGGUAUGAAAGUGCAGAAGAGGAUCCAUACGGUCUGACCGUGUGUCGUAACUUCAAGCUGCGCUUCCGAAUCCCGAUACUUUGUGUCAUACGCCGCUUGCGAUGAUGGAGAACAAGCGUUUUCUCGUUUUCUUCUCUCUGGCUUUAGCUGUUGGUUUUCUGUCGAUUGUGUGUGUUUUAUUAUGGGUUUUACACUUCAGAGAGGGGCUCGGCUGGGAUGGAGGAUCGGCGGAGUUUAACUGGCACCCGUUGUUAAUGAUCAUCGGCUUUGUUUUUCUUCAGGGAAUCGCGAUUGUGGUGUACCGGCUGCCAUGGACCUGGAAGUGCAGUAAGCAGAUGAUGAAGUUUAUUCACGCCGGGCUCAAUGUUCUGGCUUUCAUUCUGGCUGUCAUUUCUCUGGUGGCCGUGUUUGAUUUUCACAAUGCACAGAAUAUCCCCAACAUGUACAGUCUGCACAGUUGGGUGGGACUGGCUGCGGUUAUACUUUAUUCAGUACAGAUAGUUAUGGGCAUCACUGUCUUCCUGAUACCUGCGACUCCAGUGUAUGUGCGUGCUGCUCUAAUGCCUGUUCACAUCUAUACUGGUCUGUUCAUCUUUACCAGCGUCAUCGCCACCGCUCUCAUGGGCUUCACAGAGAAACUCAUAUUUGCCCUGAAAAGUCCCGCUUAUAAAGACUCUCCACCAGAAGCCAUUUUGGUUAAUGUUCUUGGCCUGCUGACUGUGGCUUUUGGUGGUCUGGUACUUUGGAUCGCUAGUCGGCCCUCCUGGAAAAGGCCAAAAGAACAGGUCACGCAAGCCCUGAGCGAUUCCAGCAUAAGUCCAGAGGACAUGAAAGUGGGCGCUGCCACAAGAUCCGACCCCGAGUCCAGUGUUGAGACUCGCAGACGUAACGGAAAAACAGAAGAAUCUGAAUAAUACAAAACAAGCGAACACAAAAUAUUUUUUGCAAACUAUACUCUUUUAUGUAGAAUACAGAAGAGCUCUUAUACUACACUAAGUAUUUCCAUUUAAACAGUGCUGAAAUCUUUGUUAUUGCAAAAGAAUGUAUUUUGAGUUUCUGAAGGGCAUUUCAAUCUGACAUCUGUGUUUGUUUGAUAGAGAUCCAUCUGUGUAUGUACUGCUGUUUUUAGAGCUUGCAUUUGAUCUAGAAGUUGUUAAAUAUUUGCACUAUAUCAAGACUCAACACAUUUUUUUAAUCAGUGUUAAGAACGUCAUUGCAGCAGUCAAAACCAGUUCAUUUGUUUAUUUAAAACACAUAACACUUAGUUUGUUAGGUUUGCAAAUGUGUUCAAGUGUUUUUAUUAUCAUUUCUGUUAGAAGAAACAUUUUCCAUUAUAUAAAAUGAUCUGUAUAUUUAGGAUUUAUGCUUUAUUUACAGAAAAAUGUUUAUUUGACGUGAUGUUCUUUGUAUAAAAGGUCUAAAUCAUUCCUUACUUUUGCAUUUUUUGGUGUUUUCCUCUUAAAUAAUGAUGGUGUCAUUAUUUCAAUAAAAUGUUUUGUACCUUGUCA